CUGCUCCCCAACCUUUACACCGGAAGUAGGAUUCUGUACUUUCAUUUUUCUAACGAUCACCAGUGAUAAAGUAAUGACUUAAUUGAUACCAUACUUCAUCUAUAUGAGAAAUGUCAUUCAUUGAACAUGAUAUCGCUGACCAGGAAAGGUUUAACCUUCUGCUUCUAGAACCUGGAGAAAUAUACUUUGAAGAUUAUAGUGUUACAUAUUUUCCUAAAGGCACAGUGAAAGCUGACAAAGAAAAGAGAUCUCAAAAAGGACAUCUGAAGAUUUGUUCAAAGUCAGUUGUAUUUGUUCCUAAAGUUCUACAGUUUCCAAUAUUAAAGCUGCCAUUGAAAAGUGUUACUUCAGUAGAAGAAUGGUCAGGGGGCUUAUUUAGCAGACUUGACAAGGAUAAAGUUAUGAGGAUUACUUCCAAUGUAGCUGUGAAGAUGAAAGAAAACAACAUUAUUGGUCCAUACUCAUUUUUCAAGGAGGCCUCAGACUACACAUUCCAGUUGGACUAUGUCUCAGUGGAUGACUGUCUCCCACAAAUCUGCCAGCUCCACAGAGCUUCCACCCUACCCCCCGGGGAACAAACUGCCAUGAUUAAUGCCAUUGUCUUGUCAAGGCAAUCAAGAUGCAAGUUUAACACCAGCUGGCUAGAAGAUCUGUAUGAAAAAAUUCAGUUUGAGACGCAAGGAGAUAGAAUCCUGCCAUUGGUCAAUAAUCCGGGCAGGAUCAUGCUCACCUGUAAAAGACUGUAUUUCCAGCCAUUUAACAACAUCGAAAAGGUUCCUGUGAUAAAAAUAAGAUUAAAAGACAUAUCUCGAGUCAUAAAGAGGCGAUUCCUUUUACGACAAAUUGGAAUAGAAAUCUUUUGUAAAGAAGGAGCACCAUGCUCUCAUAUUUAUCUCAGCCUGCCAACAUCUGAUGAAAGAGAUAACUUGUAUGGAACAAUUCUUGAUCAGAAAGAACUAAUGCUUGAACAAUCCUCACAAGACGACAUGAUGAUUAAAUGGCAAAGUAAAUAUUUGUCCAACUUUGACUACCUGAUGUACCUGAACAGUCAAGCGGAUAGAAGCUUCUGUGAUCUUACCCAGUAUCCUGUCAUGCCAUGGAUUGUUACUGAUUUUACUUCUUCUACUCUGGAUCUGGCAAAUGAAAAAAUCUACAGAGACCUCAGCAAGCCUAUAGGAGCACUUAAUGAGGAAAGAAUCCAAAAAAUGAGGGAGAGAUAUCAAGAGAUGCCAGAUCCCAAAUUCCUGUAUGGAUCUCAUUACUCCACUCCAGGAUAUGUGUUGUUUUACUUAGCAAGGAUAGCUCCUGAGUAUGUACUUUGCUUACAAAAUGGAAAAUUUGACAAGCCUGACAGAAUGUUUAACAGUCUUGAUGAUACGUGGGCUAAUUGUCUGGAAGGAGCAGCCGACUUUAAAGAACUCAUUCCCGAAUUUUUCGAAGGAAAGGGAGAAUUUCUUCUGAAUAAAGGGGUCAGUAACUUUGGUAUUAGACAAGAUGGCCAACCCAUAGGUGACGUGAAACUUCCACCCUGGGCAAAAGAUCACCAUGAUUUCAUUGACAAAAUGAGGGCAGCUUUGGAAAGUGACUUUGCCUCAGAGAAUAUCCAUCACUGGAUCGAUCUUAUAUUUGGAUACAAACAGUUAGGGGAGGAGGCAGAAAAGGCCGACAAUGUUUUCUACUACAUGACAUAUGAAGGAGCCGUGGACUUGGACAAAAUUCAGGACCCAAAUGAGAGAGCUAGGAUCGAGAUUCAGAUCAUGGAAUUUGGCCAAACGCCUAAACGGCUUUUCAAGAAGCCUCACCCCCCAAGGUUCACCAAAGAUGGCCCGAGACACUAUAGCUUUACCACAGUGUCGUCAAGUUCACAAGAGAAUGAAGAAAUAGAAGUAAAGGCGGAGCAAUCAGUUCAAUCAGCAGAGUCCAGUGUUGCCAGUUCUGUCCAGAGUUGUCUUUCCCUGGAAGACAUAUCAGCUCUCUAUGUGACGCAUCAGUACACAUUACAUAAAAGUGGAGUCACAGGAUUGCAACUUACAGAAGAUGGAUGCAGCAUAUUUUCUGUUUCACAAGAUACAAUGCUAAAAAUGUAUUCAUUAGAAGAUCAGCGACAAUUAAGAAGUUUCAAUGUGUCAAACAUGGCCUUGUCGUCCUGCCUUGUGAUGCCAGAUAACAAAACUAUCGUUGUUGGAUCCUGGGAUAACUUUGUGUACUUUUAUAGCAUAGAGUUUGGACGCAUAUUGGAUGCAUUGAAAGCUCAUGAUGACGCAGUCUCGUCAGUUAUUUGGAAAAACAACAUCCUUAUCACAGCAUCCUGGGAUUCAACUUCAAAGAUAUGGCAGUUCACCCCCUCAAGUGAACUACAUAGGUUCGACUCAGCUGUGUUUGUUGGACAACUGGAUCAUGAGUGGGGUGUCUACUGUCAGGACGUUGACGAAACUGGUUCUCUCCUUGUAACGGGGACUGAAGAGGGACAAGUUGUCAUCUGGAAUGUUGGUUCUCUCUAUCCUAUAGCAGAAAUGAGGGCACAUGAGGGCUCAGUCAAUGCAGUUGGAAUAAGUUCUGAUUGCAGAAAGUUCAUUUCAUGCGGGUCAGAUUGUUUAUUAAAGAUCUUUGAUCUGGAGACACAAACGGAGAUGGUUGUCAAGAAUUUAGGAUACCAGAUUCAUUGUGUGGUGUGGUGUAACAAUUUGAGUUUGAUACUCUGUGGAACAGACUUGGGGCAACUAGAAGUAUGGGACGGCGACAAAGCCACUUUAGUAUCAGCUAUGAAGGGUCAUUCUGCACCAGUGACCAGUUUAGAGGUCAGAACGAGGUGUGUAUUGACAGGAGACAAGGAAGGCAAAAUCUGUGUGUGGAAACCAAUGUGGCAGGACUCCUGAUGAUUGCCAUGAUGAAAAAGUCAUUUCAAACGCAAUCAAAACUGUAAAAUAAAAAGAUGUUCCAUUUUUAAAGAUUGUUCCAUUGUUAUUUUGUUAAAAAUAAUAUGGACUUCAAUUGCUUUUAAUCUAAUAAAAGAUUGUUCCAUUGUUAAUUUGUUAUAAAUAACAUCGACCUUAAUUUCAUUUGUCUGAUAAAAAGACUUACUAACUUAAUGAAUGGUAUUCAUGUACAUGUAUGUAUAUAGGCCAAAAACAUUGUUUCAACAGAACUGUGUUUGAGUUGUUUGUGAACAGUUCAAUUUAUAAGUAAUUUAUGACUGUUAUACUGGUAUUACUGGUGUAAGAACUUUGUUCAUGUAUUGGCACCGCACCAAAAGUAUCAUUUAUUUAGAGCAUAGCAAUAGAUGGAUGAUGAUAUUUUUGUUGGGAAAAUAAUGUAUUAGCUGUUACAGAUAUUGAUAUAAGUCACACAUUAGUAGGUCUUUAAUGUUAUUGUUAUUUACUGACUUGUUAAUCCAAUCUGUUGCUUGAUGACUUUGUGUUGUUAUAGAACUUUUGUAAGAUUCUACAUCUAUGUUAUUGCUAUAGUAUGUUUACAUGUAUAUUGUUAUACAGUGUACUAUUUGUUGCAAGGCGUUUGAAUAAAUAUGAAAUUUACAUUUUGUUAUGAAAAGAA